AUGCCCUCCUCCAUCCCCAGCACCUCGCAAAAACUCCACCCAACCUACCCCCCACAACCACCAGAUAUCUCCUCGUCAGCAAAAGAGUCGGACCGCACACAAACCAUCAUCUCAGCCCUGAACCUACAACGGCACAUUGAAGGCGGCUACUUUGCUGAGCUCGACCGCAACCCGCUGAUCAUUCCGAACCCUUUCCUUUCGUCCACGUCCGCGCCGUCGAAUACGCAAACUGCUGAUAAACCUUUUUCCGGCGACGACUCGGUGCGCAAUGCGAGUACGUCUAUUUACUACUUGUUGACGCCGGCGUCGCCGCAGGGCUGCUUUCAUCGGAAUAAGGGGCGCACGGUGCAUACGCUUGUCGAGGGGCGGGGGAGGUAUGUUUUGAUUCAUGAUGAUGAAGAACAUGGGGAGAAAGGGAAGAAGCGGGUUGAGAGUUUCGUCGUGGGGAAGGAUGUUGAGAAGGGGGAGAAGAGCGUGUGGAUUGUUGAGGGGGGGAAGUUCAAGGCGAGUUAUCUUUUACCCAUGCGGGAGGGCGGUAAGGAUGCGGAUGAUAGGCUUUUGAUUAGUGAGACUGUUAUACCGGGCUUCGAGUACUCUGAUCACGACUUCUUGACGCUGGACAAGUUUAGGGAUAUCGUUACGGAAGAGCAGGCAGAGGAGUUGGAGUGGUUGGUUCGCAGGGUGUAG